AUGGCAAUGAAAAUGAAGACAUCAUCAUCACCAAUGUUGCCAGACUGGUCUCUUCUACCGGAGGAGUUACUUCAAAUUGUCUCCACAAAUGUGGAGGACUGUUUCGAUGUCGUUCAUGCUCGGUCUGUUUGCAACUCGUGGCGAUCCUCGUUUCCCUUUCCUUCUUGCCUCUUACGUCCAAGUUACUCUCUUCCCACAUUCGACGAGUUAACUCUCGAAAGCAAAGACUUGUGCACCCUCGAGAAGGUUCCUUUGUUCCUCUUUAGAGUCCAAGCUCCUACUGUUGCUUCCGAGUACUUUCUAGGAGGAAUAGGCCGAGAUGAUCAUAUGGAUCUUCCAUCUCCUCUUCAAUGUUCAGUAAAAGUUCAUAUCCAAGGAAAUGAUCCAACGUUAAUGAACAUGACCGACUGCCAGAUCCUCUCUCUAGGCCAUCAAUACAGAUUGGUUGGUUGGGAACCUAAAGAGUAUCGUGGUGCGGCUUUUCUACCGCUAAACAAGGAAGGAAGAAGAGGAGAAUUCGUUGUGCUCCUCAACUACACUAAUGUUUUGCUGGUGGUAACAAGUGCCGAAAUGAAGUGGAAGCGGCUUGAGAACGUCCCAGCUUCUAUAUGUUCAGAUUUAUUCACUUUUAGAGGUAAGUUUUAUGCAUCCUUUCUUGCAAAAAGUACUUUCGUUAUCGAUCCUUAUUCGCUGGAGGUGACUCUCCUCACGCCCUCACCUCUUAAGCCACUAAACUAUAUGGUGGCAUCUGGUGAUGACGAACUUUUCCUGGUUGAAGUAAGCAUGCCAAGUUGUAAGGUAUUAGAUUUUAGCCGGUUCACAUGUAAAGUGAGUAGACUAGAUGAGGAAGGUGGGAAAUGGGUUGAGGUCAAAGAUCUGGGAGACCGUGUGUUGUUUAUUGGACAUUUUGGUAAUGUCUCUUGCUCAGCUAAGAAGCUCCCUGAUGGUUGUGGUGUGAGUGGGAACUCAAUUUUGUUCACUGAUGUACCAACUUAUGCCUAUAAAUAUGGAGUACAUACUGGUAACGUGGGAGAUGAUCUCAAUUGUUGGAGAGCCACAAGAGAGAAUCGUGUGAUGAUCUUCAACACAGAACCAGUUUUGGCUCUCCAAGUUGAGCACUAA